GAUAGGGACGCAACAGCUCGGCUCGACAACGCAACACAACGCCCCCCCACACCUGCGACAUUCCCAUCUCUCCUCCCGACGACCUCUGUUCCCGGCGGUGCAGACCUUGUUCGCAUUGGUUCCUCUGCUCACGAUAAUCCACCGACCCCUCAAAGUACCUCACAACAAACCGCCAUCAUGUCGAACCAACCGUUGACCGACGACCAAGUCGGCAAUGAGCUCCGCAAGAUGACCGCGUUCAUCAAGCAAGAAGCCAUGGAGAAGGCCCGCGAAAUCGAGAUCAAGGCCAACGAGGAGUUCGCAAUCGAAAAGUCUAAGCUCGUCCGCCAGGAGACAGAUGCGAUUGACACGGCCUACGAGAAGAAGUUCAAGCAGGCCACCAUGUCGCAGCAGAUCACCGCGUCCACCGUCGCCAACAAGACCCGUCUCAAGGUCCUGGCCGCCCGCCAGGAGCUCCUCGACAACAUCUUCGAGGCCGCCGGAAAGAAACUCGCCGACGGUGUCAAGGACAAGUCGAAGUACCAGGGCAUUCUCAAGAACCUCAUUCUCGAGGGCUUCUACGGCCUCAACGAGUCCGAGGUUCAGAUCCGCGCGCGGAAAGCUGACUACGAUGUUGUGAAGAAGGCCAUUGACGAGGCGGCCAAGGAGUACAAGAAGAAGACGAGCAAGGACGUCACAGCGACCAUCGACCAGCAGAACCCUCUGCCUGAGGGAAGCAAGGGCGGCGUGUCCAUCGUCGGAACCGGCGGCAAGAUCGAGAUUGACAACACUGUUGAGCAGCGGCUAAAGCUGCUGGAGGACACUGCCCUGCCGGCCGUGCGAGAGACGCUCUUCGGCAAGAACCCCAACCGCAAAUUCUACGACUAA